AUGAACCCCGAGUAUCCCCCCCCCUCAUCGAUGUCGUCUUUUCGAUCUUUUCGCUGCCAUGGCGCGCAAAGCGCGAAAAUCGCCGAUAUGAUUUAG